UUUUAUCGUUUCUGUAUUCACUUUUUGGUGAUUAUUUGUUCAGAAUCGACAAGGAUGGGUGGCGACGAUAGCAACGAGCCACUGAAGGCCACCUACAGAACUGAUCGACCACCGUGGAUUGGCCUUUGGAGCGGUCGUGAAUACAAAGGGCGAAAAGAAUGGUGGGGAGAACUGGGACAUAAAGAUGAAGUUGUGCAAAACGGUAAAUUCCGAAUGUUGAGAGCACGAUUUCGAGAAGAAGAUCCGGAUUGGUGGGAUCCGAAGGUUCCUGAUGGGACUUCGUUGGCUGGACCGUUCGGUUUGGAUUCAAAGAAGCAUCCGAAUUUAACAUCGAAAGGUGACCAACCUGGACCACUCCCGGAAUUUCAGGACAAAGUCUAUAAAGGCUCACAUCAGUAUAAAGCAAUCGCGGAAAAAUAUGAUUUAAGCAAAGAACACCCGGGACUCGCGAUCAGUCCAACGCUCUCUGAACUCGUUUACACGCCUAAGGUUUUUCGCUGUCUCUCUACUACGUUUGAAAACAGCUCUUUGUUUGUUAUGGUAACUGAUGAUUUUCUCAUCAUCACAUCAUGUGAAAUAUUUUUACAGUAUAUGCUUGGAAGGAAUGCAAUAAUUCCAAAUAGAUGGUAUCAUUAUGGACCAAGAUUCUUCGAUAAGCCACUCAAUGAAGGAACGUUCGAAAAGGGUCUUGCGUGUGCCAAGUAUACAGCAAUUCUACUUGGCCCGUACACGAUGCUCGAUAUCCGCGCAACAAAUUCAGUGACGUUGAAAGACUUCACACCACGUAACUUCAUGAAACGAUAUUUCCAACUAGCUCCCAUACCUUUGGCUGUUACGUUCACUUGGGGAGUGGCAUUAUCAACAGCAGCAACAAUUCGUCAUAAAGACGACGUUUACAAUCAUUUAUAUUCUUCGGCAGCUGUUGGUACCGUACUUGCUGCUAUGAAAAACAAUUUCGCUAUUGGUGUGACCGCAGCGAUAGUCUCCUUGGUGUUGGGUAACUUCUGGCAGUACGCCAGAGUUUCGGAGACUGGUCUACAGACGAUGACGGCUCACCAACAAUCCGCAGGUAUUUGGGGUGGUCCGCUUGCAUGGAAGUGGUUCCGUAAAGGUGAUGUCGACGUACCGAACACGCAGUAUUGA